UCCAUUUGGCGAAUCAAAGAAAGGGUUUUGGCAUCUAGUUAUUGCAGAAACUAAGGGGGGGAAUGGGAGAUAUUGUGGACGCUCAACUCCAACAAACCAUGCCUCUUCUCACUCCAUACAGAAUGGGAAAAUUCAACCUUUCUCAUAGACUGGUAAUGCCUCCUAUGACUAGACAGAGGUCUUGGAACAAUAUUCCUCAGCCCCAUGCCGCCGUCUACUAUUCCCAGAGAGCCACCAAGGGUGGUCUUAUUAUAACCGAAGCUACUGUAAUUUCCGAAGCCGGUCGAGGGUACAAAGAUACGCCUGGUAUUUGGUCAAAAGAGCAAGUAGAGGCCUGGAAACCCAUUGUGGAUGCUGUUCAUGCCAAAGGCGGCAUCAUCUUCUGUCAAAUUUGGCAUGUUGGAAGGGCUUCCACUUAUGAGUAUCAGCCAAAUGGGCAGGCCCCAAUCUCCUCCACCAGCAAUGAAUUGAAGCCUCAACUUCAAGCAAAUGCGGAAGAACUCGCAAAAUUCUCGCCACCGAGGAGAUUAAGGACGGAUGAGAUCCCUCAAGUUGUCAACCAGUAUAGAGUUGCUGCAAGGAAUGCUAUGGAAGCCGGUUUCGAUGGAGUUGAGAUACAUGGGGCACAUGGAUAUCUACUUGACCAAUUCAUGAAAGAUCAUAUAAACGAUCGAACUGAUGAGUAUGGCGGGUCUCUAGAGAACCGCUGUAGGUUCGCAUUAGAAGUAGUCGAAGCUGUUGCUAAUGAGAUUGGAGCGGACAGAGUGGGACUCAGGCUAUCUCCAUAUGCAGACUACUUGGAUUCGGGAGACUCCAAUCCAACAGCGUUAGGCGUUUACAUGGCCGAGUCAUUGAACAAAUAUGGGAUCCUUUACUGCCAUAUGGUUGAGCCUAGGAUGAAACUUGCCGAAGAAAGUUUCGAAACCACCGAAAGUUUGCUUCCAAUGAGGAAGGCUUUUAAGGGCACUUUCAUUGUAGCCGGAGGAUAUGACAAAGAUGACGGGAACAAAGCUUUGGCCGAAAACCGAACCGAUCUCGUGGGAUUUGGUCGAUUGUUUCUGUCGAAUCCGGAUUUGCCAAAAAGAUUUGAGCUGAAUGCGCCUUUCACUAAGCACAAUCGGAGCACCUAUUGCUUACCAGAUCCUGUUAUUGGCUACACCGAUUACCCAUUUCUUGAAGACACUGCUUGAGCUGGUUGGGAGCCAGGAUUUGGAAACUUCUUUAUGGUAAACACUGUGCUACUCUAAUCAAAAUAAUAAGACAGACGAUUCAUGUAA